AUGGCUGCUCACUCUGCUGCUGAAGAGCCCUUCCCCUUCCAUGGGCUACUGCCUAAAAAAGAGACGGGAGCCGCGUCUUAUCUCUCCCGGUUCCCCGAGUACGAUGGGAGAGGAGUGCUUAUCGCCAUCCUCGACACCGGUGUGGACCCUGGGGCCCCCGGGAUGCAGGUCACCACCGAGGGAAAGCCAAAGAUCAUCGAUAUCAUCGACACGACAGGCAGCGGGGAUGUAAACAUGAGCACAGUAGCUGAGCCUAACGAUGGGACAAUCACUGGCCUUUCUGGAAGGACACUCAAGAUUCCUCCUGUCUGGGUCAAUCCAACUGGGAAAUACCACAUUGGAGUUAAAAAUGGCUAUGAGUUCUUCCCUAAGGCCCUGAAAGAAAGAAUACAGAAAGAGCGUAAAGAGAAGCAGUGGGAUCCAGCACAUAGGGCAGCGCUUGCAGAGGUCUCUCGUAAGACUGAAGAAUUUGACCUCUCACAUCCCUCACCGUCACAGAUGGAGAAGCUUCAGAAGGAGGAAUUACAGAGUCAAUCAGAGCUCCUAGCAACAUUAGAAAAGAAGUACAGCGAUCCAGGUCCAGUCUAUGAUUGUUUGCUUUGGGAUGAUGGCACAACUUGGAGGGUUGUAGUUGACACUUCAGAGUCUGGGGAUCUGGCACAGUGCACUGUUCUGACAUCCUACAAAGAGAACCAGGACUAUGCAACGCUGGGCAACGCCGAGAUGCUCAACUACUCGGUCAAUGUUUAUGAUGAAGGGAAUACACUUUGUAUUGUCACAAGUGGAGGGGCCCAUGGGACACAUGUAGCAAGUAUUGCAGCAGGUUACUUCCCAGAUGAACCGGAACGUAACGGUGUGGCACCUGGCGCUCAAAUCCUUGCAGUAAAGAUUGGUGACACUCGCCUUAGCACAAUGGAAACUGGCACAGGACUCAUCCGAGCGAUGAUUGAAGUAAUCAACUAUAAAUGUGAUCUAGUCAACUAUAGCUAUGGAGAAGCCACCCACUGGCCUAAUUCAGGGAGAAUUUGCGAGGUGAUCUCAGAAGCUGUACAAAAGCACAAUGUAAUUUUUGUUUCAAGUGCGGGAAACAAUGGUCCUUGUCUGUCAACGGUUGGCUGUCCUGGAGGAACAACCAGUAGUGUUAUUGGUGUUGGUGCUUAUGUGACCCCUGACAUGAUGGUUGCUGAGUAUUCGUUGAGAGAGAAGCUGCCUCCAAACCAGUACACAUGGUCGUCCAGAGGCCCCAGCACAGACGGAGCCCUCGGGGUCAGCAUCAGUGCCCCUGGUGGAGCCAUCGCCUCAGUCCCAAACUGGACUCUGCGUGGAACUCAGCUCAUGAAUGGCACAUCCAUGUCAUCCCCAAACGCUUGUGGAGGCAUUGCACUGGUCCUCUCAGGUCUGAAGCAGAACAGGAUAAGUUCGUCAGCACUAGCUGUGAGGAGAGCGCUCGAGAACACGGCCAUUAAGGUGGACGACAUUGAGAUGUUUGCACAGGGUCACGGAAUUAUUCAGGUGGACAGGGCAUUAGACUACCUCACUCAACAUGCCUCAUUAGCCACAAGCCACCUGGGCUUCUCCAUAUCGGUGGGCUCGCAGCGAGGCAUCUACCUCAGGGAUCCGUCCCAAGUUCUUGCUCCUUCUGAUCAUGGAGUGGGAAUAGAACCCAUCUUCCCAGAGAAUACAGAUAAUUUGGAGCGCAUCUCCCUUCAGUUGCACUUGGCCCUUACUUGCACUGCCCCCUGGGUCCAGUGUCCUUCCCACUUAGAGUUAAUGAAUCAGUGUCGCCACGUUAACGUCCGCAUCGACCCAGUGGGGCUGCGAGAAGGAGUGCACUUCACUGAGGUCUGUGGCUAUGACACCGCAGCACCCACUUCUGGACCGCUGUUUAGAGUCCCCAUCACAGUCAUUAUCCCAACAAAGGUGUCUGACAGUCGUAAUCAGGAGGUGCGUUUCACAGAAGUCCACUUCAGGCCUGGCCAAAUCAAACGCCAUUUUAUUACCGUACCUCAGGGAGCCUCCUGGGCUGAGAUCACGCUGACCUCUCAUUCGGGAGAUGUAUCUUCAAAGUUUGUUCUUCAUGCAGUUCAUCUUGUCAAGCAGCGAGCGUACAGAGCUAAUGAAUUUUACAAGUUUUCCUCUUUAUUAGAAAGAGGGUCAUUAACUGAAGCUUUCCCAGUCCUGUCUGGUAAAAUAGUAGAGUUGUGUAUCGCGCGCUGGUGGGCGAGCCUCGGAGACGUCACUGUGGACUACAGCAUCUCGUUCCAUGGCCUCGGCACAUCUCCCUCACCAUUGCACUUGCAUGCCUCUGAGGGGGUGACUAGUUUUGAAGUUUUCUCUCCAUUGAGAUAUGAAGAAGUGGCUCCAACCAUCACCCUUAAGUCAUGGGUGCAGCCUCUCAGGCCAAUAACCUCCAAGAUCAAAGCCUUAGGAGCCCGGGAUGUUCUUCCGAACAACAGACAAGUCUAUGAGAUUGUUCUUACGUACAACUUUCAUCAGCCUAAAAGUGGCGAGGUGACCCCGAGCUGCCCCACGCUGUGUGAGCUGUUGUAUGAGUCUGAGUUUGACAGUCAGCUGUGGAUGCUGUUUGAUCAGAACAAGAGACUUUUGGGCUCUGGAGAUGCGUAUCCACACCAGUAUUCUUUGAAGCUGGAAAAGGGCGACUACACGGUGAGGCUUCAGGUGCGUCAUGAACAGUCCAGUGAACUGGAGCGACUCAAAGAUCUGCCCUUCGUUGUGUCCCAUCGCCUCUCCACCACACUCAGUCUGGACAUCUACGAAACCCACCGAGCGGCACUGAUGGCCAAGAAGAAAGCCAACUCUAUCACCCUCAGCCCCGGAGCAACACAGCCCUUCUACGUCACUGCUCUGCCUGAUGACAAAAUUCCCAAAGGAACAAGCCCUGGAUGUUACUUGUCAGGAUCUCUGGUUGUUCCCAAAAGUGAAUAUGGAAAGAAAGCAGGGCAGGCCUCUGCAAAACGACAAGGAAAGUUUAAAAAGGAUAUUGUGCCAGUUGUGUACCACCUCAUCCCUGCACCAAACAAAACAAAGAAUGGAGGAAGGGAGAAGGACAAGGACACAGACAAAGAGAAGGAUGUGAAGGAUGAGUUUGCUGAAGCCAUAAGGGACAUGAAGAUUCAGUGGAUGACAAAGCUGGACACAAGUUCAAUUUAUGACGAACUGGUAGAAAACUACUCUGAAUUCCUUCCACUGCACGUCCAGAGACUGCAUCAGCUCGACUCUGAAAAGGAGCGAGCAAAACGUCUGAAGGAUGUUGUUUUAGCUGCUGACCUUGUCAUCUCACGCAUUGAUCAAACUGCUCUGGCUGUUUAUCUUACUAUGAAGACCGACCCACGACCAGAUGCUGCCUCCAUCAAAAGUGACAUGGAGAAACAGAAGUCCUCCCUGUUGGAUGCCCUGUGUAGAAAAGGCUGUGCUUUGGCCGAUCAGCUGCUUCUGCCUCUUGCUCAGGACGGAGCCGCAGGACAGGUCCCAGCAGAGGAAGGGGCAGACCAGACCCCCAGCAGUUCAGAUGACACAGUGCAGGCCAUCACCAAAGCUCUGUCUGACGUAUUCUGGGAGCUGCAGAAGUGGGCUGAGCUCACGGACUCCAAGGUCUUGAUGUUUUCAUACAAACAUGCUUUGGCGAACAAGAUGUAUGGUAGAGCCUUGAAAUUUGCCACAAAGAUGGGUGAGGAGAAGCCCAGCAAAGAAAACAUGAAAAACUGCAUUCAGCUUAUUAAGAACCUCAGCUGGACCCACUGCGCCACCUACAGCGAGAACUGGCUCCCUGUCCUGUAUCCUGCAGACUACACCCCUUUUUAG